AUGUCGGCGCUGUUCCUCGAGCAGCUCGUGACCAAAGCGGCGGUGGACGACGCGAUAAGAGGCACAAGAGACCGCGUACUGGUGCUGCGCUUCGGUCGCGCGUCGGACGUUACGUGUCUGCAGCAGGACGACGUUUUGGCCAGAUGUGAGCACGCGCUGUCGAAGAUGGCGCGUCUGUGUCUAGUGGAGGCAGAGCACGUACCUGUUUACUGCCACUACUUUGACAUUACGCUCAUCCCGGCGACGGUCUUUUUCGUCAAUGGACAGCACAUGAAAGUGGACUAUGGGACACCUGAUCAUACGAAAUUUAUUGGGGCUUUUCGGACAAAACAAGACUUUAUCGACCUUGUGGAAGUCAUUUAUCGAGGCGCACGACAUGGCAAGUCAAUUGUGAACUGUCCGAUCGAGAAGUCACACAUCCCGCAGUACGACCUGAUUUACAAGGACAUUUGA